UCUAAAUGGAAAUAGUUUAUUUUAAAGCAAUCAAAAUUAUAGGUUCUACUUAAAUUUUUGCUUAAAAAAACCCCUUUAUUAAAACCAUGAGUAAUAUCUCGGCUUUGAAGAAAAUCCAUCGCGUCCUGGUAUGCCUUUCGGAUACGAAGCGGCUCAACUACGUGGAAGAGAACCACUUGAACGGCGAGAUAAAGGUGCUGGACAACAAUACAAUGCUAGUACGGAUGCCAAAUGCAUCCAUAAAAAUGGAAAGCAUUGCAGAUUCCCCGCGGUACUAUCGACAGCUGGAAUUUGAUGCGAUUGGAUAUGAUUUCGAGCCGCAAUUGCGAUUGGAGUUGAAUGGGUUCAUGGGACAAAUGUUCCGCCAGCGCUGCCACGGAAGUCUACUGCGCCUCACGCCGCAAAAGGCCCACAACCCGAACUUGCUGACCCGUCUGCUGGUCACGGAGGUGGACAAACUGAUGGUGGAGCUGCGCUGUAGGAUAAGGGGCGUUAAUGUGGACUACUUUGAUGUGCGGAAGUUCGACAUGGUGAACCUUCUGGUGGACCCCGCGUCCGUGGCCAAUCGCCAGCGCCUGAUGCAAUCCGGAAAAAGCAUGCAGAGCACGAGGGAGCUGUUCCAGUGGUUGGUCAAUGAUUUUAGCACCAUAAGAGCCCGCGGGAUGGGCGAUGACUACCUUGAUUUUGAGUUUAUAUUCCGCGAUUCGCAACAGAACCAACAUAAGAUCCACCUGGCCAUAUUUCAGAUCUAUGGUAGUGAGCUACGACCGGAUGUGGCAGAGUUCUUCAAGACCAUACACCUGGGCAGGCAGGGCAAGAGCACUCUGCUCAAUGACUGCCUCAAGGAGUCCUUUGAUGCCAAAUGCCCCAUCCCGGCAGUGGUUAUGUUUGAACUGCCCAUGGCCCUUGAACUCGGCGAUACAAGGCGUAAAAUUUUAAAGCUGGCCGAUUCCGCCUACAACUCCUUAACGAAAUACCAAAAGCCGACAGUGCCACUAUUAAAGCCUGAACCCAAGCCCACGUCCCAUAGUUCCACUAGUCUGGGUCAAAUCAAAUCUGGGUCUGGGUCACGUAACUCGGUCAAAUCGGUACCAGACGUUUCUCUUUUUCACUGGCGGCGUACCGCCAAGUUCUCGGAGGAGGACUACAAUGGACUGGCCUACUGGUACGGCCGCAUCGACUCCAAGUUCACGGAGCUUAAGCUCGCCAUGGAACAGCACUUCAAGACCCUUUAUAAGAAGAAGCUAAGCGACAUCUGCAGUGAGUUGCGAUCCAUUCAAGAGGACAUGACUUCCGGACGUCAGGAUGACCAAUGCGGUGGUGAUGGAGAGCGAACGCAGAGGGACUCCGAUGAUGGCGAACCUUCCCGGGAGACUUAUGAGGAGUUACUCAAAACGUUUCAAAAACUAGCCGGUGAUGCCGCUAAAACGGGCUAUGCCUCCACCCUGAAGGUUUAUGUCAGUACAAAGAACUACGAGCUAUCCGAGGCGGAGAAAAAGCUCAAGCAGCAGGAAAUAGAGAACCUGCGGCUCAGCUUGAUUCAGUUCAUCACUGCCCAGGAUUCGAAAAAUUCCGAGGAAUAGCAGUUUAUGUAGAUGGCACUGGAG